AUGACCGGUCUACUAAGUAACGGCACCGCCGGCAACGGCCGCCACAAUGGUCGUGUAGUCGACGAGAAUGCGCCGCUGCUUUCACGAUCCUCGCCACGCAAGGGGCGUGUGGGUUUGCGUGCGAGGAUGGGAGCCGAGGUAUCCUGCUCAUGGGCAGAUGCGGUUCUGCUUGCUUGCUAUCUGGUGACGGGACUCUUGGAUAGUUGUUCAAUCCAAGUUUGGGGUUCGUUCGUGUCUAUGCAGACGGGUAACACGGUCUACGUCGGGCUGGGACUCGCAUCCCUGGUUUCAACUACGACAUCACCACGUCUCUUCAAGUCGGCGGUUUCUAUCAGUUCCUUUUGCGUUGGAUCGUUCCUCUUCGCCCGAUUCCACCGCUUCUUCUCACCCAGGCGCCGUUGGGUACUGUGCGCAUCGUUUGCAGCCCAAGCGCUCUUGACUAUCGCCGCGGCGCUCAUCACAACCACGUACCCACCAACCGGGAAUGAAGACCCUUUCGCGUGGAACGUCCUGGUGCCCAUUGCGCUGAUCGCAUUUCAGAGCUGCGGACAGGCGGUCGCGAGCCGAGCGCUCCGGCAGAACGCAUUCAUAAGCGUGGUCCUGACGAGCAUUUACUGCGACCUAUUCUCGGACCGUGACCUGUUCGCGCUUCACAACGUGGGGCGGAACCGCCGGGUCGUUGCACCGCUGCUUCUUGUGCUAGGUGCGGUGCUGGGUGGGCUGUUUGCGAACAGUUCUGUGGGCAUUGCCGGGGCCUUGUGGCUUGCGGCUGGGUUGAAGUUUUGCAUGGUGGUCACCUGGUUCUUCUGGCCAGCCGAGGAGGAUUCUGAGUGGGAGGAGUAG